AUGUGUCCCCAGACCUUGCCUUCUCCCAACUCUCCCUAUCAGCCGUAUGCCAAAAGAUACGUCGAUGGUCCUGCAUCUGGCUCAACGGCCGCAGAGAUUGUGAAAGAUCUCGGCCUCGAGGGCAAGCUGCAAGACAAGGUCAUUUUGAUUACUGGAGCAUCGGCCGGACUCGGUCAUGAGACUGCUCGCGCCCUUCACACCACUGACGCAAAGCUCUACCUAAUAGGCCGUGACCUAGCCGAAGGCCAAGCCGUCGCUGAUGGGCUCGUUGCAAGCAAUCCUAGCGGCCAAAAGCCCGUCCUGAUCGGCUUGGAGCUAAGCAAUCUUGAGAGCAUCAGGAAAGCAGCCAAGCAGUUCCUCGAUCAGCAAACACGCCUUGAUGGUCGCACCAUCGAUGGUUUCGAGACUCAGCUUGGUACCAAUUACUUUGGCCACUUUCUGCUCUUCCACCUCAUCAAGUCCGCAUUACUUGCGAGCGGUACUUCAGAGUCUCCCAGUCGUGUCAUAACCCUCUCCAGCGCGGGUCACAAGGCGGGAGGCGUCUUCUUCGAUGAUUUGGACCUGAGCAAGCAAGGUUACAACCUCAUGGUCGCUUACGCCCAGAGCAAGACGGCUACCAUCCAUCUGGCAAAUUUCUUCGACCGUCACUACAGCGCAUCAAACAUUCGCGCUGUGUCCGUUCACCCGGGAAUGAUCUUUGAGACUCAGCUCGAUCGCCAUAUGUCGCAAGAAGAGCUUGCUGCAUUCGCUCCCAUGGCACCCUUCGCAAGACCUACUGCACAGGGUGCAUCAACCACUGUCUGGGCAGCGCUUGAUCCUCACUCCAGAAAACACGGUGGUGUGUACCUUGCCGAUACAGGUGUCUCAAGCGCCGCUACAGAAGAUGAGCACUUCAUUGGACCUGGAUAUGCUCCUCAUGCAUAUGAUGAGGCAGCUGAAGAAAGGCUGUGGAAGCUUAGCUAUAGCGUCGUCGGUCUGAGAGAUGAUAGUGACUCAAUAUCCUGUUCUGUUUGUUGA